CAAACAAAAAAAAAAUCGGCGUUCAAGCAUCAAAACAUGAAAAACGAUCACGCGGGCCGGAAAAACAACCACCAAAAACUACGAUCAGCGUCGUCGCCUCACCACCACAAGCAACCGAUUCUCCAUCAUCAAUCAUCAGACCAUCAUCAUCACCGUCAUCAUCGGGGCGUUAUGCUUCAUGCGCGCAUUACCUAUGCCUUGGCGCGCCUCUCCCGGCUAGGCUUGGAUGCUCUUGAUUCGUCGUCAUUUUUUUAUAUUUUUCAUUUUCAUUUGGGAAGCUGCCAGCCACUUCCACCGCUGCAGGCUGAGGCUGGUGGUAGCUGAACCCGGUCGGCCGCGGGCUCAUGGCAUGGCGUAUGGCAGCCGCCGCAGCCCCGAUUAGAGCAGCCAGCUAGCGUCUAGUAUUAGUGUGCGGGAAGGAGGAGGAGGUUUGGGAAUCAUUAAAUGCCGCGAAAAAAAAACCGCGCAGCAGCCACAUUUGAAUAUACACAAGAGGCCGAGGCAGCGAAGCGCACAGAUCACUUGUUUGACUUGGUGGCGGCUGUUGGUCCCAUUCACAUUCCGACAUCCGCGCGGUUCACCAACUCGAGAGUCGAGAACCCCGAACGCCCCGUGAGAGGACCUGAGGCUGUGUGUGGACAGUGGCGGUCGGUCAUCUGUGUGAUCGGUUGUUGUGACUUUGGGUUAUCGCAAGUUGUCGAGACGCUGUCGGAAUGGCACUCCGGUAGUCGAGUGGUAUUCAAAUCUGCGGGAGCAUUCGGACAUUGAGGCCAUAGCGAAAGGUGAAGAGGUUGCUAAUUUUACGAGUGUUGGGAGAAAUUGGAGAGAGGGAGAGAGACACACUAUCGGAACAAUUACUGGACAGUGGGGUCAGAGAUUUGUGCAGUUUUUGGGACAGUGGCAACAUAGCUUGAAGAACCCGCUGUGAACUGAAGUCAGUGCUCAAAGUGCUCUAGUGCCAAACAGAUGCAAAAAUGAGUCUAUCCGGGCGAAGUUCAACAUCCGUGCUAGUGUCGUUCGGUUGUUGUUUAUUGCUGUUAACGCAAGCCAUCGUGACAGUGCAGGGUCAUACCCUUCCGGAGCCACCCACCGAGCAAAGACUAGAGACUGAUGGUGGUGCUUUGAAUCUGGUGGAAGCCCCUGUCUUGGACCAGCAGCUGCCAAGUGACAGUGAAUCCGCGGUUGAACCGCAACCUAGUGCCAGGUCUCAGCAUGCUCAGACCCGACAGUUGGAUCUGGAUCGAAUGGAUUCGAUGUCGCAGUCGAGUGCCAGUGAAAUCAUCAGGAGUAAGCGGUGGAAGCUGCAGAAAAUCACACCACCGGGACGGAGUCGCAUCAAUAAUCGGUCAAUGACUCCCUUCAACGAGUUGGGCAGCGCGGAAUACAGCGAGGAUCAGCAAAUGGAAUACCAUCAUCAUCAGCCUGUGUCCCGACAUUGGAAUACGGCCUUGCAGCUGCACAGGAGAUCCGACACCGGUGACUAUUCGGACGAGUCAAGGAUGCUGGAGGAGGCGCGAUUCAAGAAACAUAAGAAGAAGAAGCACGAAGAAGAUGUGCUGGAAGAAUUGCUGCAAGACGAGCUGGAAGCUUCCCUCGAGGAACUGGAUGACGACGAUGACGAUGACGAUUCGGACGUGUCCGACCCGGAGGCCCGUUUCAAGAAGAAGAAGAAGUUCCACCUGAAGCACAAGUACAAAAAGUUCCUGCUGCCGCUGCUGUUGGCCUACAAGCUCAAGUUCAUGAUGAUGUUCCCGGCCAUCGUGGGUGGUCUGGCGCUGCUGGUCAAGGCUGCCGGUUUGGCCGGGUUCUUCUUCGCCCUGUUCGCGUCGGUUGUGAGCUUGCAAAAGUCCCACUAGAAGAGAAGGGACCACGACGGGCCAUUGGGAACCGAAACCGAGCAGGAGGAGGGUAGCAGGGUGGAUGCGAAUCGGAUGUGUGAAUGUGGAGAGAUGCUUUUUUUGCGAACGUGCUGCUAGUGCUACUAUAUCCCCAGAGUGCGAUCGAUUGUUUGGUUUGUGGAGUGUAUUUUUAUUUGACAGAGAUGGACGAAAGUAAAAUGUCUGAUCGUGGCACGCAUGCACGCGUAAAGUUAACGAGAGAGCGAACUUCAAGAUCCGAGUAAACCGAGAGGUGAUCUACGACACCGCGCGAGUCGAUGAACGAGAACCAGUGAGCGUGAAAUUGAGACGACCUUGAUUAGAGUGUGUCCGGGACCAGAGAAGUGAACGCGGGAGGAGUAGAGGAGAUCAUCGAAAAGGAAAAUACUCGAAGUGAAUUUAGUGCUGCUAGUGUUUUAAGUUUUCCAUUUUUUAUGAUUUUUGUUUUGUUUGGUUCGAACGUUGACAUUUUCUGAACGUCGACAAUCUUGAAGAGUGCCGAGCAAAAUCGCCCAAAUGGGCGAUUUGAGGCUCCCGCUAAUUCGUAGAGUACGGAGGAGAAAACGCUGAUUGGAGCGUAGAGACGACCAUGGUCACAAUUGUUGCUAGUUGAAACUGCGUUUCUAGUGUUAGUUAUUUAUUGUCAGUGUUAUUUAAAGUAGACGAGCGAAACGAUGACCAUAUAAAUGUAGAUAAUUUAUUGUCCAAAAUUGAAACAAACUAA